AUGUACAAGCUGGAAUGGGAUUGCACAAUGGAGCAGCAGGCUCAGGAUGCUCUCGCCAGCUGUCCCAGCGGUUUGGGAUCAUGGUCCAAUAUGGCGCAAAAUAUGAUGACGUGGUCAAGCUCAGGUGGGUUUUCGAACCCGGCUGCGCAGAUUAGUUCGAGUCUUACAAGAUGGUGGGGAAGUGCUCAGCAGUACGGUGUGACCGAUCCAAGUAACAAAUACACAACUUCAAGCCUCUACAACUUUGCUAAUAUGGUGUUCUCCGAGACAAGCAAGAUUGGAUGUGCUUACAAAGUAUGCAGUAGCAACAAGCUGAUAUUCACCUGCCUUUACAACGGAAUUGGAUACUAUACCAAUGCUCCGAUGUGGGAAACUGGCACUGCUUGUUCAAAAGGAUCCGACUGCACCACCUUCUCCAACUCAGGAUGUGAUAAUGGUCUUUGCACGAAAGGAGCACCAGUUCCAGAGACCAACAACAACUGCUCAGCAAACUCAGGAAUGACCGAUUCGGUGCGACAAAAGUUCCUCGAUCUGCACAAUGCCUACAGGUCAAGUGUUGCACGCGGACUUGAGCCUGAUGCACUUGGAGGAAACGCACCUAAGGCAGCAAAAAUGUUGAAAAUGGUCUACGAUUGUUCCGUGGAGGCCUCAGCAUUGAAGCACGCCUCCAAAUGUGUCUACCAGCAUUCUACUAACAGUGAACGACCAGGCCUCGGCGAAAACCUUUACAUGACAUCUGCGCUAAACUUCGAUAAAGUCAAAGCUGCAACACAGUCAUCUCAAUUGUGGUGGAACGAACUGAAACAAUAUGGUGUUGGUCCGUCAAACAAUCUGACCUUGGCCUUGUGGAAUCGCCCAAACACCCAAAUUGGUCAUUAUACUCAGAUGGCUUGGGAAACCUCCUAUCGGCUAGGAUGUGCUGUUGUCCAUUGUUCCACUUUCACGUACGCUGUUUGCCAAUACGGCCCUGCAGGCAACUAUCUGAACAGACUGAUCUACACCAUCGGAAAUCCGUGCACAUCGGAUGCUGGUUGUCCUGGAUCCUACACAUGUAAUGUCGCAGAAGGUCUCUGCAAUGUCGUAUGA